CCCCAAAUGAAUGACAGGAGGAAAAAGUUGGUUGUGGCAGCUUUUGCCAAAAUGGACAAAACUGGCGAUGGUAUCAUCAAUGAGAUGGAUAUGAAGAACGUCUACAAUGUUGAGAAACACCCGAAAUUCAUGAGCGGAGAGUGGUCGAAGACCAAAGUACUGCAGGAGUACUUGAAAACAUUCGAAGGAGAUUCGAGGGAUAAAGAUGGUGUGGUGACCCUAGACGAAUUCAUGUCCUACUAUGCAUCCAUCAGCUGCAGCAUCGACAACGACGCCUACUUUGACUUGAUGAUGAGGAACAGUUGGGGUAUGGAUCUGGGAGUUUAGACGUACAGACGGACAUCCCAAGACUCAAGUUCAGACGAAAACAAAAUGUUAUAUUAAUCAUCGUAUUCACUGCAAUUCAUUCUCCUCUCCACGUCAAUGUAAAAGCAGCUUGUAAGACUAUGGAGACCUAUUGAAACUUUAUGAACUAUUAAUGAUGUCAUAUUUUGUGUGCUUUUGUUUUUGUUUUUAGCUCGAACCCAACUAGAUACCAUGAAGCCAUUUUGAAUAAAUUUCCUUGACCUCCCCCCAAAACCCCCUCUUUCUGCCUUUUUCUAUUCUGCAGCUCCUCUUUUAUUGGUACACGUUGCCGAGAAAAAUUCGUAUUGGAAAUGCUUAAGGAAAAAAGCUCUACCCUCCUCUGUCCCAAAAUUCACUCUUUGUUUUGAUAAAGUUUUCCAUCUGUCAACUCCAUUUUUCUUGAAUGUUAGGGGCCUGUGUAGUACGCCAACCACCAAUAUGGUUUUUUAUCAUAAUUAUGGCUGGCUGCUUCGGUCUAGCCUUUCAGAGCCAACCCAAAUUGAAUAAGACGAAUCAUUCCUGCUGAAAAAAAAACUUAGAUACCCACGGAAAUCGAAAUACUGACUGAAAGUGCUCCGAGGAGUCUUUAAAGAAAACGCUCGAUGAACAGAAGAAAGUAAGCAUACGUUCAAGGUUGGGAUCAGCGAAUCAGAUUAAGUAAGGAAGGCAUCUAAACAAUAAGUCUAAUGUUAAUUGAAUUUCCUGUUAAAAUUGCGUACUUUUACGAUCGGUUUUAUUAUAAACAGUCUUCUUCAUUACUGUGGUAUCAUACCAAAACCAUCGUAACAAGAUGUUAUAAGUUGAUGUUGUUGUUGUUUUUAUUACAUGUACAGAAUGCAUGCAGACAAUGGAGGGGGUGCAAACUAGUCCUAUCUAAUAUUCUCAUCUGUUUCAAGUUUCUGUCUUUUUAGCCUCAAUUUGUUAUUGUGAUCCAUGGUUGCAUGUACAUUGAUUUGUUUUUUAUUAUCACAUAAAAAUCAUUAUAAAAGAAAGAUGGUAAGAUGUUCAAUAAAUUUCUUCCCAUCAAUCGCUUUUUAAAUAACGUGCUACGAAGUGGUCUGGAUUUACCGCCUCUUUCAAAAUGCUAAAAAGAAAUCAUGUAGACUAAUAAAAGGAAUCAAUAGAAUUACUUGAUUAAAGAACGUGGGUCUUCAGAGACUGGUUCUAUCCAUUCUCCUCGCCCUUCUUAAUUAACAGGGUCAAUUUUAAGAUUGCCAUAAUGAUGUUCUUCAAUAACUGGCUGCUUAUUCGUCUGCCAGGUUUGCUGCUAUUGCUGCGCUUCCCCUGCCCUGGCUAUAUUCCUUUCCUUUUCAGUAUCUCCACUGGGUAGGAGCUCUUGCUCCCCAGAUGGUAGCAUGCGAGUGCAGUCACAGUAGAGGAUCAAGUGUGAAUGAUACCUUUAUUCCAACGCUGCCUGCCAGUUGAUCUGCACGCUCAUUUCCUCUCACACCUACAUACACAGGACAGAAGAUCCAAGUGAUCAGAUUGCUCUCAUUGAUUUCUGUAAGUCAGUCAGCAUUGGGUCUGUCAAAAUUGUGACAGACUGAUGUGUACCUUUGCUCCGUGCACAAACUAGAAAGGGUGUAGGAUUUAGCACCAGAUCCCCCUUGUAUGCACAGCUCAUGAACUCGAUCGGUGAAAGCUCAACCUGACUUGACACCUUGUUGAACAGAGCCAUCUGCAGUUGUUCUAAAUGAGAUCUGUGUUGUUCCGUCUGGCUACACAUGGCCUCCACGUUCCAGGGUAGCAAUGACAUUUGUGUUCUUCUCAGCCUCAUCCACAACCCUGAACCAGGAACUGCCUUCUCUUAAUGCCUACACAGAGCAACAUUUACCAAUGACUCAUGUAGCCUCUUUUAUUCUUGGGAAGUCUAUUUAGUAUAUCAUGGCAGCAGCCGAAGUGUCCUGAGUAUGGCUCUCAUACCUUCAUUCUGAAUAACUUCCAAACUAUAAUAUUGAUGCGUUUAAGACAAAGUGAGGAGCCCAAAGCCGUAUACAACAACCAAAGUUUGAAAGAAUAUCACAAGUACCCUUUGUGGCAUGUUUGCGCGAGCCAUAGUCUUAACAGCCUUCAGCCCUUUUCUAGACUUUCUUGUAAUGCGGUUCUUUUCCUGACAAAGUUCUGUCAAAGACAAAUCCAAGGUAUUUCAGGGUUGGUUUCCUCCUGGUGGCCUGGCCGUUGACGGAUAUUUCUGGCAUCAUGGUUUUCACUGCUCUGCCCAUUAUUCAUUGCCAGGUUGAACCUUUCCGAUGUUUUCUUCACACCAGGUUUCUAUUCUCUCAAGCUCUUCCUGCCUGUCUUUUCCUGUGCGAUAAAUCCUCGUCAGUAAUGCUGGGAUCCCUUCCAGACCCGUGCUAUUGGUUAGAAGUGAUGCCCAAGAGCUUGGCCACUAUUCUUGUUAGCAUGGCUGCUCCAAUCCAGAUGACUAGUGUAGGGCUGAUCCGCAUGUUUACUAGCGUCCUUAACAGAAUAUCAUUGUGAAAUCCAUUGUAUUAUUAUAGGCAAAUUCGAAUUGAAUUCAAAAGGGUUCUCUCAAUCUUCUCAAAGCCAUUGUACACAUGGGUUCUAGGACGGCUGCAUAAAGUUUAUCCAUGUUCCCUUACCUUUCCUGAAGCUCCUGUAGAGGCUAGGGUUUUUUUCUCUCUUGCUUUCCUAUACAUAUUCCAGUAACUCAGGAACAUACCACUAACAUCGUGAAGUUCAUAAGGUUUUUCUUCGACACAAGGGAAUACCGUACAUCCACUUUUCUAAAUAUGUUUACUUUUAAUUCCAGAUCGUAAAGAAAACUGGGGACACCAAUAUUUCAGAUCUGUUCUUCAGUGGAGCCCAAAAAGAGGCUGUAAGACGCAGGAGAAAAGUAUACAAUAUAGCCUAUUAGAAACCCCAGUCACCAUUUUGUUGUAUAUGGCAUUGGGCUUUGUCAGGCUAAAAGGAAUAAGUUCUACCAUAUGUGAUUGUAUGUUACCGAGUACACUAUAUGCAUUUCCAAAUUAUUUCAGCUCAAUGUUUUUUCUGGUAUUUUUCUUUCUUACUACGUCGUAAGUAUUCCCAUCCUGUCAUAGAUCUGGAAGUUCUGAGCUCAUUGUUCAGUUCAUACCAUAUGAAUACGAGGUGUUUUUUUCCCAAGACAUAUUCAUAUUAUAGUGGGAAGAGGGUGAAAUUUCCUACAACCAAAUGUUGUCUUAUGUGCACUGCUUCUUUGUUUAUCCCCCCCCCCCCCAAAAGAAUACACCAAUUUGACCAGCAAUGUCCGUCACGACGGCUCACUUCAACAGCUGUAUUUAAAGAGAAUGACAAAAGAUCUUGACUACCUUCGACUUCUUGGGGACGAGAGUGUCAAAUGCACCAAGAUCUUUAUAUUGAUUAAUGAAAAUCAUUUUAGAUAUUAUGCGUGUAAAGAUUCUAGUCUAUUUAAAUCUGUAGGUCAUUAUGCCCUACAGAAAUGUUUUUAAAAAUGAUGUAUGCGUCCAGAAACAAUUAGAAUAAAUCUUCAGAUUUUGAAUACUUUUUUCUUAGGAUUUUAGACUAUAGUUGUUCAUUUCUAUGGCAUAGUAUUGGUGAAGAAUGUGUGUAAAUCUCGCACACAGGCCCAAACGAAAUAUAUUUACGCAACAAAGAUUCUGAGCUUUUAUGUUGUAAUAAAUGUGCAAAUACAGUA